CUCUGACAGGGGAAGGCGAGUCAAACAAAGCGUCUGCGCCGUUUUUUUAUUUUUAUUUAUUUAUUUAUUUUUUACCUUGUUGCAUAUGUGAAAAGGAUGACAGUCGAAACAGACGAGCCUCUGUUGUCGACAGUUAUUUAAAAUAUCCGAACAGCGACGCAGGUCGACGACGAAAACAGUAGUAGGACGUGUGCAGCAGAGAGGAGACGCAUCCUCGCACGAUGCAUUGCAGCACACUGGAGAAAAUGGGUUAUUUUAGUCAUGUCCUCAGAGUCGAGUGUCUGAUCAGAGAUGUCGGCUGGCUUCUUCAGCUACCGUCGGAGGAAAAAAAAUAGUAAAAAAAAAAAUAAUACUGCACUGGACUGAAAGACUACAUCCUCCCUUGCUUGAUGCAACAUCAUCAUGGGACCCAUCAUGCAGGAACGCACGGCAUCCACAACUCUGAAGCGCGUCGUUUCCAAGGAGAAAAUACGAGUUAAGAAUACCGAAAAUAGCGGAUCAGUACCUAGUUCAAAGAAAAGUAACAAGACGAAGAAAGUGGUGAGUCCAAUGAAAAAUUGCCUCCCAGGACCAGGUCUGGAUAAGGACACAACGACACCACUGCAUAGGGGUGCUCAUGCUAAAGGUGGGAGGCUGAAGUCAGGCACUGCACGGAAUACAAGCAAAGUCUCCAGUCCUCAAGAGGAAGGAGAUUUGAAACCUCAGCUUCGGAAACACUCCUUUACACAUAGAAAAGAAGAAAAACGAGAAAGUCAACGGAUGUCACAAUGCAGCAGCGAGCACUUUCAAAAUCGUCCAGGGAUGGGGAAAAAUCGUCGAGCCCUGUCUUUGCCSCUUUCACCAAUAUCGGGGCUACGGCACCUGCCAGCUCAGCCCCUGACGUGCUCCCCGGUCCCCACCCCCGAGGCGCUCCAGCGGCACUAUAACCACAAGGAGGAAGACACUGACAGUGCCAGUGACCUGUCAGACUCUGAGAGGCUGCCUGUUUUGCCUUCGCCGUGCACCCCAUGCACACCUCCGCAUCUCAACCUCCGGGCAGAGAUCAUCAACACUAAUGACUUCCUCCCAGACUUUCCAGGACCCCACGGGACGGUGGGCGAUGAAGAUGAAGGUGAAAAACCAAACUACAGCUACCCAGAUUUUCUGCCGCCUCCUUUCAACAGCUGGAGCCUGAGACAGUUGGCUGUGUUUCUUCACACAGAAGGUCGCGGUGCCCCACGGCCUAAACCAGUGGGGCCGUUAGAGAAGUACCUGGAGAGGUUACUCCAACUGGAGUGGCUUCAGAUUCAGACAGUGCAAGCAGAGAUCAACCGUCCACCUGGGAGCCGUACAAGACCGCAGGGCUUCCCCUCUCAAACCACCGCCCGGCCCCACACAGCCCCAUCGUCCCGGCUCAACUCCCCCAAAGGGCUGCGGCACAGCUCGCGAGCAUUCCCGCUCACGCCCGUCAACAACCCGCCGUCGCCUGCUUCAGUCCAGCACCAGCUCUCCCACUUUCCCGUUUGUCCACACUGCCACAUUCGCUACCCACUGUGCAAUGGAAGCUGCUCCGCUUAUGCAUACCAGCGUCACUCGCGUCUCAGUCCCCUACUGGAGCGCAAAGCGGGACCGGGCGCAGGGGCAAAGAGAAGCAGCAGCGAGACCCGAGCAAAUUCCAUAGAAGGUAGGAGCCCAGCAGGACAGGGCGGAGGAGGAGGAGGAGGAGGWGGUGCCCGGACACCGGUCAGCCCUUCGGCUGGGAAGAGUCAUGUCAGGAACAUGCAGGCUGCAGGCAAUGCCCGGAGGCAACCCCAUGAAAUGGGCACCAACCAAAGCAGCAGAGGCCAAAUGAGAAAAAGYCGYGUCAGAGCUCACUCUGAGACAGAUGUUAAAAAGGAACCUGGUGGAAUUAAAACACCGAGUACAGAAAAACGGGGAUUCGCUGGGAUUAAGAAAGAGAUGGUCACCUCUAAGAGAGACGAGCAGGACAGUCAGAGGAUUGAGGCAGGAGGUCAGACCUCCAAACCUGCCAUGAAAAGAGCUGCUAAAAACCCAGCACCUCACUGCAAAGCAGCGCCUAGCAGCCAUAGUGUCCUUAAGCAAAACAGCAAAACAAAAAAUGUGCACUUCGUUGCAAAGUGACCCAUAUAGACCUGAAGCAUAGUGCUUCAGUUAGUGGUUACUUGGCAAAGGAUCUUAAACCUAUGCUUGCUUGUUGUGUAAUUUGUUGAAUACUAACACGCUCUAACUGUAACAGCAGAAUAAAUGAGUCCGUUGUGAAGCCACCAAUUGUUUGAUACGAUCAGUGGCUAAGCAACUACAGUAGAUAUAGACCAAAAGUGAUACAUUUUAGUUCAAAUGUACAGUGAUAUGCAUAAUGAUGGGCAUAAAGACAACUCAAAUAAGGCUAUUAAAACAGGCUUUAUGUAAAUGGAAUUGUAAUGCACUCGCUCAGUAAUCUCUUAAUAUUCUACAAAUAUUAAAACAAAGAUGGAAUAAAUAUACAAUAGGAGAGCUUUGAGCAUAAAUAAKUCAUAGUAAUGUUCAACACAGGUCAUUGCACUUUGGUCAUCAGUUUGAAUGUAUUUAUUUUUCAUAGUAGUACAUUCUUGAUAUUUUUUUUUAUUAUUAUUUUGUGCCUCAUGUUUUAAAUUAUCCGUUAAGUUUAAGCAUCUUUAGCCGAAAGAGAGGCACUGCAGUGUAGCGUGAAUCGUUUGUGUUAUGUUGUCACAUUUUUGGCUACAAGGGCUUUUCACUUUUGAACAGCUUGAACUGUAGUCCAUGAUAAUAAGCYGUAUUUUGCAUAGAGUCGUUGAAGAUGGUGAAUUGUUUGCUACGAUUGUAAAUGGAUAUUUUUCCAGUUUUUAUAUACCAUAGUUAUAUUUAUGAGAAGUGCUGUUGUUUACUYGUAUUUGUCUUGGCCAUCUUUAUGUUUACAUUGUCACGCACAGGAGGAGAGCUGAAUGUAACUUUGUGUCCCGCACUGGAGCUGUAACAUUGUUCCACUGUAAACGUGAUGGUCUGCCUGUUUUAAACUAGUGUUUGUUUGAUUUACCAUGCACAUUUGAACUCUAAGAACAAAACGUUGUAAAUGUGAUGUACUCUGGCUGAACCUAUUUACUCAACAUCCGUGUACAAAAACAAAGCCAUAGGUAAGAAGCCAGGAUGUGGAGGGGUUGGGGAAAAAUUAUUGUAAAUGUAUAGGCAUCUUCAUGCACGCUGAAAGAUGGUAUUUUCUCACUGUUGAACGCAAACAUUUGUAAGGCAUAGAAAUAAAUGUUUUUCACACAAGGGA